CAAUGAUUGUAUUUGAUCGUGUUAAGUCAAUGCUCGAAAUGAUUGAUAUAAGGCUGAAACUAUGGACUUCAUACAAUGUGAUUAUUGCAAACAUGAUAACAUGGAAAUCCCGUGCAGUGUUGGGAGGUAAUGAAACUGACAAAAAUUGCAAUGAAAGCUUGUGCAUACGUGACCCCGAAUAUUUGAACGAUCCUCUUCACAUAUCUGGAUUCGUUUUAUUAUGUAUUGCACUGAUAUUUGGACUCAUUAUAAUUCUCAGUCCACAUCUUCACUCUUCAUCUACUCAGAACGCCAUCUUCAUGAUUAUAACAUCGAUCUUGAUGACAAUCGCUAUCGCAUUGCUGAACCCACGUGGCUGUUGGUACGAACAAACCCUAGCUGCUAUUGUGCCAACGUUGUUAACAAUCUUCGCUAUGCUCAUGGGUUUGAGACUGAAAGAUUCUUUACAAAAACGGACAAUGCUGUUAUUUACUUUGUGCUGUUUACUGGUGGCAGCUGGAAUCGCAUUUUCUGUUCUAGCUGUAAAGUUCAAAUUUCCAAAUAAUCUUAUUUUUGCAAUUUUGUCGUUCAUUUGUUGGUGUUGUGCAAUGUUUAUUGUUAUCACAUUCACCAGCUAUAACUUCAGGAAGUGCUUCCUAGUGUAUUUGACUUUCUUAACUUCGAUCGAAUUUAUGAUACUCUUAAUAAUUUCACAAUUUCACGUCAAUUUUUGUUUCCAUUGUUGUAAUAAAAGCACAGAUACAAACACAACGAUUGAGAACCAAACGGUGAUUGAGCCAUAGUUGUUGAUAAAAUAUUUGAGUCAAAGUGAAUCAAUUUUCUUUGUGUUUCAAUAAAAUUUUAAAAGUAAU